ACGUAAGGCUAGAAUGACUCAGCAUGUCUGAGUCUGACACAAACAAAAACACAAACACUUGUUAGAGUGAAAAUUCUGCUCCUUAUCCGUUUAUCUUCUUCACCUCUACGGAGAAGAGAAAUGGCGUCUGCAACAGGAGUUGUUUGUUCAGGCUUCGCUGUUCCAUUUUCCGCUGAGAAAAGGAAUUCAUACUUCAAUUUCAAUCACCCUCUUCACUCAAAUUUCAGGCCCUUCGCUUUCUCAUCCAAUGCUCUUUUCUCCAGAGGUUACUUGUCAAAGGACAUGUUUUGCCGCCCAACAACACAUUCUCCCGUUGUUUGUAUGGCCAAGGGUUCAGGCUCCUCUAAGAAAAAGAGUAAGGUCAUCAGGCUUGUCUCAACUGCUGGGACUGGAUUCUUUUAUGCAAUAAAGAAAAGCAAGAAGAUGGAUAAGCUUGAGCUGAAGAAAUAUGAUCCAAAGGUAAAGCGCCAUGUUUUAUUCAGAGAAUCCAAAUAAAAUGAGCCUUUUUUGAUGAAUCAGGUUUGGUCCAGUUGCAAUAUCAUCACUGAUUCAUGGAUUUGAUUUCUGUACAAGAAUUGUGACAAAAAAACUAAAACUAAACUUCAAUUUUAUGGUUGUUUUACCCUUCUGAAAAGAAAGGUCAUAAAAAUGCUCCAGGUUAUAUGUAUUAGAGGCUACAAUUUGCAGUAUUUUAAGACGUUUUGUUGAUCAUUUCAGCUUUAUAUGGAGUUUAGUUAUUGACGUUAUUA